CUAUUCCUGUUAUUCUUUAUCAGUUUAGGAAGUGUGUCAGUUCUCUGUCAGUCCUCGGUGUGUAAUGAGUUAAGUGUGUAUUGUUGGGAGUGGGAGUGUGACAGGCAGGGAGACGUUAGAGGGAUCCAGCAGUGAACACCUGCCAUGGCUUAAAAACACGGGAGGUUAGAGUACAGAGUACACGUUUACGUGACAACAGGACAUUGUUUUCUUUCUUUCUUGACUCGGAACAGUUAUCUUUCGUCAGAUUGUCACGAAAGCAGCGAAACACCUGAGUUUGGGGCAUUUGUUGCAGUCUGCCUUCACGGUUUUUGGGAGAUAAGAGAAGGGAGCACUAACGCUUUAUCUCCUCACUGGAGACGCAACGCAUCGAGCACAUGAAAAGAAGUCCAAAACACUCAAGCGCUUUCUCUUUUUUAUUAACAUUUUUUUAGGCGAACUACUAUCGGACGAAUUAUAGUGUCUUUUUCCCCCCCACAAGACUGAGGAAUAUCACAUCGAGACUAAGAGGAAUGCGGUGAUAAAAUCUCACCUGCACCAGAAAAGUCAGCGUCGCCUCUUUUUCUUUUCACCCCCGGGUCUGACAGAAAGCUUGGAGGCAAAAGUAUACACAAAGUGGAAGCAGUGCCAGAAUCAUCAUGUGAAAACACCUGAGCGCAAGACCUGUGCUGACAAACAUCGAGUGAGAAGAAGCCAGAUCUGAUCAAGCAGACCGAGUCUGAUCUUCAGCCAGUGGAGCACUCAAGAAAAGAGAAAAGGCGAGGACUUCUGAAUCACAUGGGCAUUAUGGGAACCAGAGUCAUCCUGUUACUGCUGGUCCUGUGUGUUUGCGGUGUAUCCUGCAUCCUGCGUUCGGCUCCCAGAGUGGCUUUAGCUUUUAAAGAGCUAAUGGACACCCGGACAGCUAGACCAUUCAGCUUAUCCUUCAACACCAGCGAUUACCGGAUCCUCCACAUGGACCAGGAUCAGGGCCGUCUUUACCUGGGCAGCCGCGAGUACCUCGUCUCCCUGGACAUGCAAAACGUUAACAAGGAGCCUCUCAUUAUCCACUGGCCUGCUCCGACACAGAGAAAGGGAGAGUGUCAGAUGACAGGGAAAGGAAAGCAUGGGGAGUGUGCCAACUUUGUGCGUAUGAUCGAGCCAUGGAACAGGACUCAUCUGUACACGUGUGGCACUGGAGCUUACAGACCCAUCUGUACCUUCAUCAAUAGAGGCUGGAAAGCUGAGGACUACCUCUUUAGGCUGGUCUCUGGAUAUGUGGAUUCAGGAAAGGGUAAAUGCUCCUACGACCCAAAUCAUGAAGAUGUGGCUGCUCUUAUCAAUGGCAACCUGUAUGCUGGUGUGCAUGUGGACUUCAUGGCCAAUGACCCAGCUAUCUUUAUGACGAUGGGGAGCAGGCCAGCUAUUAGAACAGAGCAGUAUGACUCCAAGUGGCUCAAUGAACCAGUUUUCAUUCAAAUAAAGCAGAUUCCUGACAGCUCGGAGAAAAAUGAUGACAAGCUCUACUUUUUCUUCCGGGAGAAGAGUCUGGACUCUGGAGGGACGGCAAGCCCCAGCGUGUUGGCCAGAGUGGGGCGAGUGUGUCUGAAUGAUGAAGGAGGCCAGAAGUCUCUAGUUAACAAGUGGACAACAUUUCUAAAAGCCAGGCUGGUGUGCUCCGUGAUGGGUGAGGAUGGUGUGGAGACCUUCUUCGAUGAGCUGAGAGACGUGUUUAUUCAGCCCACACAGGAUGAACGUAACCCAAUGGUGUAUGCCGUUUUCUCCACUGCAGGGUCUGUUUUUAAGGGAUCAGCUGUUUGUGUGUACUCUAUGGCUGACAUACGUAAUGUAUUCAAUGGGCCUUUUGCCCACAAACAUGGGCACAACUACCAAUGGACAAUGUACACAGGAAAGAUCCCCUACCCUCGACCUGGAACUUGUCCUGGAGGUACGUUUACACCGAGUUUGCACUCUACUAAGGCAUUCUCAGACGAGGCUGUGAACUUCAUUCGUGCGCACCCACUCAUGUAUCACCCUGUGUAUCCUAUACACAAGCGCCCCCUAGUGGUGCGUUCAGGCGUAGACUACAGGUUUACCACCAUCGCUGUGGACCAGGUGGAUGCUGUGGAUGGGAGAUAUGAGGUGUUUUUUCUAGGCACAGAUCGUGGAACAGUACAAAAGGUUAUAGUUCUUCCCAAAGAUCCAACCACCAUGGAAGAGCUGACAUUAGAGGAAGUGGAAAUUUUCAGGACACCAGUUCCUGUUAAAACAAUGAGGAUAUCUGCUAAAAGGCAACAGCUGUACGUAUCAUCAGAUGCAGGUCUUACCCAGGUGUCAUUGCAUCGCUGUGGCGUGUAUGGUAAGGCUUGUUCAGACUGCUGCCUGGCCCGUGACCCUUACUGUGCAUGGGAUGGAGAGAACUGCACCCCCUUCACACAGGCCACUAAAAGGAGGAGCAGAAGGCAGGAUGUGAAACAUGGUGACCCCCUACGUCAGUGUAGAGGAUUUAAUGCUAAAGUGGAGAAGAGACUGAAGGAGACGGUGCAGUUUGGCGUGGAGGGAAGCAGCACAUUUUUGGAGUGUGUACCACGAUCUCCUCAGGCUACUGUCAAAUGGCUUUACCAAAAAGACGGAAGAAGAAAAGUGCUGAAUAGAGAUGGGGAAGUACUGAGUACACCCCAGGGUGUCCUGCUGAAAUCACUCACCCACUCAGAUGCUGGGUUAUACCACUGCCUGGCCACUGAGAAUAACUUCAAGCACACUCUAGCACGUGUCUCCUUGCGCAUUCUGGACCGUGACAUCGCAGUGGCCCUCACUGUACCCGACGACGAGAAUAAAGAGGAGGAGUUGGUGACGAGGAGUCACAACCCUGAAGCCCGUUCCCCAGGUGGCAAUGUGCAACCCUUAGAGCCUGAGAUGCGCGUGAUUCACCAGUAUUGCCAGUCCUACUGGGAACAGCUCACUGAUCGAGGGCAGCAGCAAAGCAAACGUCCAAACCGCAGACACACAGAGGGCCACGAGCCCAGUGGAGGCUGAGACUGGCCUUCCCUCCGUUCACCAACUGGUCCAUUCUGUCUUCAUGUUUAUGUACUUCAUUGAGAGUGAGGUGAAGAGACACAGGUGUAAACAACCGUAUUUCAUAAGAGACUCGUCUACUCAACUUCCAUUCUCAUUUUUGUUGCAUUCCUUGCGUUAUGUUCCUUGAUAUGUCCUCAGCUGUCCUUAAGUCUUUUGUUGUUACAUUGAUUUUGGACCAUAUGUUGACCAUUACAAAUGUUCUGACCAUCAUUGUGAUAUUUGUACAUUUUAUGACCCAGCUGAUCCUCUCAAUCUCCAGUUUUGCUGCAUAAUAUAUUUGACAUUUCAACAAUCGCUAUAAGCUUACGAGUGUAAUUUAUAUUUUAAGCACCUUAGAGUAUGAUUUAACUGCAGAUCAUGACUAGACAACACAAUGUGUGUUUCCUGUGUGUGUAUAUGUGUGAUCAUUCAUUCUGUGGGCCAGUGCAAUUUUGCAGUUUCGCUGCUUGGAUGCUGAAAGCAUAUGGUCCAGUGCAGAUAACAGUAAAUCAGUAGAUAAAGCUGUACAUAUAUCCUGGUUGUCCUUCCUGGUUGGAAAAUUGCACCAUUAUUAUUAUUAUUAUUAUUUUCAUUCUUUUCAGGAACACUACAAUGUCUUCAUGGGUGUCACUGUAGCUGAGUGAUAAUGUGUAUUUAUUUUUAAGUUGUAUAUUUUUGCCUUAGUAGAGAAUUUAUAAAGUAUAUAAAAGGUGGAGGGCAUUUUGCAUGACAGACAAGAUAUAUAGUUAUAUUUAUUUAAAUGUAAUUAUAAUAACACCAUGUUUUUUGUAUAUAGGUUUCAUCACCAUAGGAUUGGACCUUGAAAAAAAUUGUAACACUGGACUUGUGGUAACUAAAACUGCACAAGAUUGUAUUAGUAUUAAAUAGAUUAGUAUCGCGUUGUGUUGUUUGAAUGUUCUUCCUUGUUUUUAGAUAUAAGGACAUAAUGGAAAUAAAAGAGCAUUGCUGCUUA